AAUCGUAGCACUGCGCGUCUGACAAAGACGAGGUCGAAGCGCUUAGCCUAUCGUGGUUUCAUGUAAUGUAAAGUUUAGCAAUGAUUUGGAAUCGUUUAGCAUAGCAAGCUAUGUAUGUACGUACUGCACUCUAUUUUGUAUUACAUGGUGGUAUAGGUAAACAUGUACUAGCACGACUAGAGUGCCACAGUAUUGCAUAGUAUAUGAAUUGUGUUGUAUAGUUUAUAACUACACUGCGGUCUUACUCUCGAUUACGGUGUGUGAACUGGUGUACUGACUUACGCACGUUUAUGUACCUACAGUAUUACUCACACCAACCUCAAUCUGUGCACUGAUCGUAACAGUUAAAGGGUGCAGCCCUGCAACUCAGAAUCGUAAUAUUGGCAUAGACUGGAGGAAUCCGAUGAGCUAUAAAGCUUUUUCACACAUGUUUAGUAGGGGCGGGUCAGACAGUAACAACAACAAACAUUACAGGAGGGCAAAUAUAGAAUUCCCUUCCACUCCAGGGUAUUUGGUCUACUCUUCCACGCUGACCAGACGUCUUGGUGGGAGUGCCCCACAGUGUUAGAACUAUAGUUUAAUGCGGUACUGUAUGCGGGUAAAUUUAUACUUCAUGUGCACAUCUUUGAUGCGAAACUAAAUGUAAAGUACUGAUUAUGCGUACAAAAAAAUGCAACACUUUCGUUUAAAUUACACAUUGCCUUAAAAGGGAAAACCAUAUAUAGGCGACGAUUUGGACAGUGGCCCGUUCAUAGCACAUACAUAAAUAUUUAUAUCUAUCUGUUUAACGCAGUGUUAUUGAUGAACGUGAGAUUUAUUUGUUAAUUGUGCACCUACUACAUAGUGUAUACACCUCGACUUUACUAGUUAUUUCUCUUUUUUUGUAUUUAUCAAUAUUUUAUUGGUUGCCACAGUUAUUCCAUUUAGUCCAGAAACUUUAUGUUUUUCAUAUUAUAAAUAACGGUUGUUUUUCUUCUUCAAGCGUGGCAUCUAGAACAUUGUUUUCUCAAAUAUAUUAAUGUGCUAUAACUAUCUCUCUAUUAAUCCAGUGUUUAUGGGUCUUUCUUGCUUUUAUGCUCCCAGUUAUUGAUGACGUCUGCAAUUGCAUUUGUGUUCUCUGAUAUUUCUCAUUCUUUUCCUAUUUACAGAGUGGUUUCAGAUUAUGUGUUCUCUGCCAUUUUUUUCCUUGCCCUCAAUACGUGGUACACUGUUCAUUCCUGUGGGUGUUUCUUGAUUUAAAGUGCUGACAUCCAUUUAAUAAUUUUACUUCUCGUGGUAUUUUAAUCUGUUGCGUAUCGUAUAUAUUUAGAUACAUCCUAUACUAUACCACAUGAUAUUAAUAAUCUUGUUUCUGCAUGCAGGCGGUGUUGUCUUCUCUGCUGAAGUGUACCUUGCAAUUCAUCAGUCUAGUCACUUCCGAUGUUGAAAUUACUGACAUUUUACAGCCUGGCGUACGUCCAUUAUGAUCAAGUUUUAAUUCUCAUUGUGGGCUCUUCCAUGUCCAUUUCCAAGAUUCCUUCUUUUUGAAAACGAUGUUCAUCAUCUUCAAGAUGCUGCUAGCUACAAAUUCUAAGCACCAUUCUCUUUCAUUUCAGAAUCAGAAUCUUUAUUUAUACUGAAGGAAUCCGAUUUCUCCAAUGCAGUACAAAUCUUACCUAUACUUCUCUUGUCUGGUCAUUUUAACUACUUUUGUUUGAAAGUCACAUUCACAUUAUAAACCGUGUUAUUCUUCUUGGUUCUUUCGGUAAAGUCACGAAGAUGAAUCCCUGCAGUCACGAAAGCUUUAAAUCGAAAUUUAACCGUGUUAUUGUUUAUUCAUAUAUGUUUGCUUAUUAAUGUUCAAAUACUCUAUAUGCAUGUUUUUAAUUUAUACACAUUACCAAGUGCAUAUUAAAAUAGCCAGUCCUCGGUAUAUAAUACUUUGUUAAAUAACACAACCCUGUACUGGGCAAAAUACUUUACAUAUUACUUUAUAUACAUUUUUGUAAUCCUCUGGACAUAUAGAUCACUAAUAUUUUACAUAGCACUGUGGGUGAUAUUUUUGACAUAACAGUUAAUCGUAAUUAUGAUACGUGUAAACCUGUGAAAAGAAUAAGGCUUCAUAAUUAGUCAUUGCUUUUUCAACACUGUGCUGAAUGAAGUCAUUAACAAAGCAAACUCUUGUAAAUCUUUCAGGGCUUUGUAUGCCAUCACGUUAGAAAAACAACAGUAACAACGAAAGGCAAAACAGCAGGGACAAGAUGAUGAGGUACUGGGGGGAGAUCCCAGUGUCUCCCAGUCAGUCACUGCGCAGUGCCGUGGAGCUGCUCCAGCCUGAGCCCCGUGCGGCAGAGGUGCGGGAGCCGGCAAUGCUGCAGCCUUGCGCAGUCAGCCCGGCCCGGACCACUGACUCCGGGGUCCCUGGACUGCACGUCAUGCACACCAUCCGCCUGCUGCAGUACAACCGGCGCCUGCGUGGGCUUAUCAGUAGCGCCCAGCAGCAGCAGGGGGCAGGUGAGGUGGUGAAGAGCGAGGAGGUGGAACCACUGCCCCCACUGCCCAGCCCCCCACCGCUGCCCGAAGAGCUCGCUUCCAUGGGCACUGAGCUUGGCAGCAGCAACCUGGGGGGCUCAACGCUCAGAAUGCGGCUCCGUGACCCGGACAUGGAGACGGGUGAUUUCUACAGAGGCUGUGGAGAACCCGUGAUGGAGGUGAGCUCUGCGGAGAAUCGCCAGCUGCUGCACAGAGCUGUGGUAACGGCACUGGCACAUGCUGGCUUUGAUACUGCUAUGGAGUCAACACUAGAGACCCUGACGGACAUUACCCAUGAAUUUAUGCUCAAACUGACGAAGCUGCUUCGUGUAACAGUGGACCGGGAAGCACAGACGGGCCAGACAGGCUUUCCCGAUGCCAUAGAGCAAGUGUUCCAGGAGACGGGGCUGGGCAGCGUUCUGGAUCUCCAGGAGUUCUGGCAGGAGCGUGUGGUCGACUACCACGCUUAUGUGCUCUCGGCGAGCAGGCACUUGGCAGAGGAGUAUGAGAGGCUGCUUAACCCUGAAAGGGUAUUGUCCACGAUGCUACGCGUGAAGGAGGAACCAUUGGGAGAGCAGAUCAGUUUCCCUGUGAGCGAAGAAAGUGAAACUGAGCAAACAGCUACUGAUCAACAGCCGUUGCAGUUAGAAAUUGAGGGCCCAGAACAAUCCAGCAGCAAUGCAGGCACAGACAGUGGAGGGGAUGUGUCGCCUAUAUGGAGCCUGGUGCAGGUGAAGGCAGAGCCUCAGGAGUCAGAUGAGCCUCCUCCAGGCAUGUUGGUUGGCUGUGAAGGUGGCUUUGAUGAGCCAAUGUCAGCUCUGAGUGAAGGUGGCAUUGCACUGACACCCAAUACCACUGCUUCAGAUGGCAGCCACUUGUGUCCCACACCGGACAGCAUCGCAACAGCAUCUCCACCUAUGUUUGGACAAAGGCAACGUAAAAAGUUCAAAAAGAUGUGAGACAGUGGUAGAAGAAUGCUGGCCAGCCUCGUCAUGCUUGGCUGUGCCAGAUCAAGAUUGACUCGGGUCUCUCUGCUGUGGUGGCAGGAACAGUUGCAAGUGACUGGCUGGGGUGGAGGGUGCCACAAGCCCAUUGCUGGUCAAGCACAGAUGCAGUAGAAGUAGGAAUGAUAGUAAUGCAUUAUCAUCAUCAUCUGCCAUUAUCAUUUCACUACUGGAUUAAAUUCUCCCCAAGCCACCACUAUCUCUCAUAGUCCUACAAUCGCAGCAUGCCAUAUAGCACCUGCACAUGAUCUGAUGUCAUCUGCACCGCCGUGUUUUUUGCUUUUGCUGCCACUCCGUUGUGAGUCUUGGCUACUGGCCAUCAUUCCUUCUUGCAUUGCCCUUGUUUUUCUUUACCGUCAAGAUGUCUAACCUGCCUAUGUUCACUGGUGCAGGCUUUCGGCUUCCUUUCUCUGUAAAUACCAGCAUGCACCUCUCCAUGCUUUUAAUGUAACAUAUUUGAUUUCAGAUAAAAACAAAGAAACCUGAUCAUAGCAAAUGAUACAUUUCCCAUGUAAUAUUAUUUCGUGUAAUGUAUGUUGAGUUUGAAAAACUGCCAGUCUAAAUUUGUUUUACAUUAAAAGAACAGUUUUGUUUUAUGGUAUAAAUUCAUCUAUAAUAUGCAUACUAUUUACGAGUCAAUUGUCUGAAAAACUGGUAAAAGAAAGCGCAAGUCAUUUCAUUGUAAAAUAUAUUGGUGAAAAUGCAACCACUAACAGUCAAAUCCCCACUUGUAAAAAUGCAUGAUUACCUGUAUAAUUCACCCGAUGUGUUAGAGUGUUAUAUUCCUUAAACCGAUUGUAAUGGGUGAUAUUAUGCAACCCUCAUGAGUCAAUAUGUAUUGUCCUUUGGCUUAUCUGGAGCAAGUAGAUGUGACUUAAUGGUUAUCAUUCUGUUUUGUCUUGGGUAAUACAGAACAAUUCUUAUAUUUUAAGCUCUCUUUGAAAAUGUUGAGGAAACGCCAAUUUUAGCUAAUGUCGUGAUUAAUUUUGAACUGAGAAACAGCUUUGGAGAUGUUAUUUGCGCCAAUGUUUUGACAUUAAAAAGAAGAGCUUGGAUGCUGCAUGGAUUUUCACCGAUUCCACUUACAAUACCACAAAUCUGGCUGUCGCUUGAUGAAGCUAGUUGUAAUAGCUGGCAAAACGUCGUACUCCGAUUGUAAAUGUUGUGGCUUGGCUCUCCAACACACCGGUGUGCUGUACUAGUGACGAAUUGGCAUGUUCUGUUUACGUGACAACCCUUACUAGUUGGCUGUGUCGGGUGGUGGCGGGUUUUAACGACACAUUUACGCGAUCUCACCCAAAAACCUCUUAUGGAUGAUAUUGGUCGCGAAAGCCUACGUGUUAAAGUUACGUGAAAUAAGUUAAAUAUUAAGGUUUGUAAGAGUGCAGUGCAUACAUCUAUAUUAAUUUGUAACGAUACUUUUAAAUGUUGUCUUUGCCUCUUGAAGAAUUUGUGGGCGUUGUACUCAAAUGGAAGUUACUGUGUUUAUUCCCAUCUGCUCUCUAGUGUCUCCUUAUGGUUAAUAAUAAUUGAACCGUUGUUGGCCAGGUUUAUUUUAUGAUUGUAACAAGGAUUUAUUCAAAUGGGAGUCAAAGGAAAUAGAGAAAAUAAUUCUAGUUCCAUUAAAAUAAACGAAUUAGAUGAAUGAAAGUGUCUAGCAUGUACAUUCUCAUUAAUACUAAAGUUUUGUAUUAAUAAUAAUUAUAUUGUAAUCAAUGAUUAACUUAGGAUCAUCAGGUAGGUUUCAUAAAAUGCCAGUUUUUUGGUCAGAAGCAACAUUCAUUUUACACUUUGCUGCUCAGCUUGACCUGAAGCUCAGAAAUAUUCAUCAUCUCUGUGUGUUGGACUGCUACGAUGCAUUUCCAAUUUGUGUUCAUAAAUAAAACAGUAUGGAAUGAUUUCCGACAGCGCA